AUGCUCAAAGGCAGCCUCCUCCACCUCCUUGGCGCAUUCCUAGCAAACGCCUCGCCGGUGCUUGACAGGAGAGACAUCUGCAGCCACACCCCGGCCGACGGCCUCAUCGGCAAUGCGGUCGCGAGCGUAGCUUGCGCACAAUUGACCAUCGCCAACGAAGGAUGCUCCGUGACGGUCAAGUUUCCGGCCGACAUUUACGGGGACUCCUUCACUUUCGACAGCGCGUCGAAGACCUUCAAGGCUCUGCGCAAUAGCAAGCUCACAUUCACUGCAACGCCGAAGCCCGGCAACAGCGCGGCGGUGUGGUCGGGCACGGGCGGGACGAGCAACCCCACCACGUACUCGGUUCCGCUGACCGGCCAGCCCGCCAGCAUUUCCGUCAAGUGCGCCGCCCCGCCGCAGUGCACCGCCGUCGGCCAGCCGUGCAUCUUCGAACACCCCGAAAACUGCUGCUCCCAGACUUGCGCCUGUAUUUCCGGACGCGCGCGCAUCUACACGCACAUGCUUCGACAUGCACAGACCCUGCAGAUCUUUGCCAACCGACUGCCGCCUCGAAGUGCAAUUCCCAACACCGAGGAGGCGAUCAAUUCAGUUCUCUUCGCCCCGCCGCCGCCCACGGAUCGGAUCCGGCAGCUCAGUCCCUAUGCGGCUGCCUCCGCUGGCAAGCAUCUUUCUCCCACCUAUCUUCUCCAUGAACAAGUGAUCAGCUGGUUCCGUGGACACAAGCGCUGA